AUGGAUGAUAAUGAUACGGCUCGAGCUGAAGCACUUCGGGGAGCGAUUGAGACGCUCCGAGCCACGCUAGAGUCCCGCGCGGUGGAAAAGCGGCCCAUCCCGUCACCUCGUACAUGGCCCGAUUGGCCUUCGAAUAGAUACCACCUAAACGACAUCAUGGAACGGGAUACGAGAGGGGCUCUCCUUGAGGCGUUUAAGAACGCACAAAUGAGAGCUGAGAAAUCAACAUUGGAUUACAUACGCGAUAACUCUGAGCGAUUGAAGAUGUGGACUCCACAACUACAAAUCGAACAGAUCUGCUCGCAUGAGACGCAGGCCACUGUCGAUCCCGCGUUUCGUAAGCUAGCCAAGGGCCACAGUCGGAAUAUGCAUACCCCUAUCAUGGAACAAAUGACACAGCUCAUGGAGAACCAUCGGAGGGCACGUGAACGGUGCCAAACAGAUGCAGAUUUUCAACAGAAACUAUUAAAUCACUGUAUUGUACAAUUGUUAGAGGAAGCACUCAAUGGGAGAACGUAUGAACGCACCCUGCAAUUACAUCCGAAAUGGCAACUGAUUAAGACGCACGAGCUUCUGCAGCAAUUAAGCCCCGACAUUCAGGACGCACAGCAGCGCACCACAGCGCGUCUCCAGAACCGGAAUAAUCGGGAGGGUCUACCGAGUAACGGGACUCGUGACUUUACCAAUAGCCGCUCUAACCCGCAGACGGUUCGACGACAGUCGCAGAACUGGACACAGCGACCCCAACCGUCACCACCUACGACUUGUGCUGGAUGUCAGGUACAAGCACCACCAGGUUCACGUCAUAUUCCGCGAUGUCAUCAUUUCCGUGCGUCGCCACCAGGGGGUACGGAUGGGCGGGCGCGGCCGUACGAUAGCAACCGCACAUCACAAUACGCACAACUGGCACUCAGACCGACCGCAGCUCCAACCUCAGGACAGGGGCAGAACAAAACCCCGAGUAGAGACUUGGUAACUACGCGUCCGACUCCUCAAGUACAUGUGAAUGCGAUUACACAGGACGACGGCUUUGUACCACCAUCAGAAGCUUCAGAGGUACACAUCGACACGAUACUCACGGAAGAUUCGAGCACACUGCACCGGAACCAGACCAUGACCACGGGGUAUGGGAGUCCGUAA